AUGGAACGAUCCAACCAAGAAGCUCGCGAAGGGACCCUUCAAGCCGUGGCCGAGUUCAACCGCAUAGUUACUGAGCACAACAACCGCCAGCCAGCCAACUCCAUACCCCCAGGACCAUCCAGCAUGGGAAAAAAUCGGGCUUCGACUGGAAGACUACAAAAUGAGCUGGCCAAUUUCAUGCGUGACCCUCCAGAUGGCUGCAGAGUGGAGGUUGUCAACGACAACUUGUUUUAUUGGCGAGCAACAAUUAUGGGGCCCCCAGAAACCCCGUACGAAGGUGGCCAAUUCGUGCUCAACAUAAUUUUUCCAAUGCAAUACCCGUUUCAAGCACCACACGUGACCUUCUCUAGCAGAAUCUACCACUGCAAUAUUACCAACAGUGGGCACAUCUGUCUGGAUAUUCUCAAUAAGGAGUGGUCGCCGGCACUGACUAUUGACAAGGUCCUUAUUUCAAUAAUUUCAUUGCUGGCAGAUCCGAACCCCGACGAUCCGGCAGACCAUACUACUGCCCAUCUCUACAAACACGAUCGCAAGCAACACGACUUUAAUGCUCAAUUGUGGACCAAUCGAUAUGCGCGCCCUCGUGCUGAGGAUGACAACUAG